UAAGACGUAAUGUCGUCAUGGUAACAAUCAGAAGAAAACCGCAGAGCGUGUUUCUACGCUCAGAGUUUUGACAUUAAACCUUCCAUUUAAGUGUUUGACCGGAAUUUUGCUUUUAACAUCGGUGCCGUCUAUUUAACACAAAAAGAUGAGCUGCAGUGCAGAUCACUCAGAGUCUGUGGACUGCACCGUCAAACCUCCGGUUUUUCUGCAGAUCGGAGAUGCCAAAGGAGACUCAGCUCGCUCUGGUGUCUGCGUGGUGGAUGUCACUCUUCCACAUGGAAAACCUAUCAAUAUUGAGAAAAUCACCUUUAAGAACUACUACACCGCUUAUGUGACUAUACGUUUGUUGAGGAGAAAGGCUGAGAAUGAGGGCUCCGCCAAGUGGUGCACUGCCCUGAGUGACCUGGCCUUGAUGGACAACCCCCACACCGAAGGCGGCUCCCAAAACUAUUUCUCCAUUCAUCGGAGGCAGAUGCAGGUGGAGCCGGACCACGUGGAGUCCCUCAGGCUGAUCCUGAGACAACCGUCCUCCGCCUGGCGGCUCUUCAACCUGGAGGAGAUCAGGCUGUUUCCUCACAAGGAGCCAGCUCCAGUAAAGGAGGUUUCUGAUUGGCUGUCUAAUCUGAUCGUGGUCAAGCAGCCUCCUGAUUUAGAGGGUCUUCCAGACCCCCAGACUGUUUCUUCCAGUAUUCAGCAGAUGUGGGCACUGACUGAAGUAAUGCAGGCAAACCGCACCACCGCCUCCAUCGGACGCUUUGAUGUUGAUGGAUGCUAUGACAUUAACCUGCUCUCUCUAACGUAACCACACCAUUCUGAAGGCUUAUCUUUUCUGGGAAGCUGCUAAAGUUUACAAGUGGGGAAAAGCAAAGUCUGCAGGUCCAGCAAGACAUCCACCGCCGAGAAACGAACUGCUGCUUCAUCCUGCUCCCUUCCCAUCAUCUUAACCAAAAAGCGCAUGUUUCUAAACACUUUUCUGCACAAGUCUACUGUUUAGGAAUAACAUUUAGCAUUAAAAUAUAAAAAUUAUUUGUUCUAUUUCCAAUUAACUUUGAAUUUCUUUAUUGUGAAAAAAGCAUAUGAUUGAGCUUAAAAAUUUUUAUUAUAAGGAUUUUUAAAUUAAAAAAAAAUAUAUAA